AUGGGUAGAAUCCAUGAGACUUUGUGGCAUAAUAAAACCAGUUACGCUCACUCAAUUCUUUUUCUGGAGAAGUGUGGGAAAAUGGACGAGUGCCUCGAAACCUUGAAGGACGAAGAGGAAGCUCUAUGGGAGAACGUUGAAUGCAAUCGUCAUAUGCUGACCCGUUACAUCAACCCCGCCAAGCUGACCCCGUACCUGCGCCAGUGCAAAGUCUUGGACGAGCAGGAUGAAGAUGAGGUCCUCAACUCCCCGAUGCUCCUCUCCAAGAUCAACCGGGCUGGUCGUCUCCUGGACAUCCUUCAUACAAAGGGAGAGAGGGGCUACGUGGUCUUCUUGGAGAGCCUUGAGUUUUACUAUCCUGAACUCUACAAAUUAGUAACGGGGAAGGAACCCACGCGGCGUUUUUCUACUAUCGUUGUAGAAGAGGGACACGAGGGUCUCACUCACUUCCUGAUGAACGAGAUCAUAAAGCUGCAGCAGCAAGUCAAGACGAAGGACGCCCAGCGCUGCGAGCUCUUGGCCAAGUCCCGCCAGAUGGAAGACGAGAGGAAGCAGCUGAAGCUCAACAAGAUCGAGCUCCUCACCUUCCAGGAGAGAUACAACAAAAUGAAAGAUGAGAGGAACAAUUACAACGACGAGCUGAUCAAGGUGAAGGAUGAGAACUACAACCUGGCGAUGAGGUACGCCCAGCUCAGCGAAGAGAAGAACAUGGCCGUGAUGAGAAGCCGAGACCUUCAGCUCCAGGUGAGAGGAAGUUCUUGA